UCCAAAAACCCAAUCAGACAAGUGGCCGUAAUCUGACUCCCGGCACACUGGGAGCCGCCAGCAGGCAAUGAGAGCCGCACUCUGGCCAGGGAAGGCAUGAGUGACAGACCCGCAGCAAGGCGGUGGGGUAAGUGUGGACCUUUGUGUAGACGCGAGGACAUCAUGGUGGCCUUCAAAGGGGUCUGGACUCAAGCAUUCUGGAAAGCAGUCACAGCAGAAUUUCUGGCUAUGCUCAUUUUUGUUCUCCUCAGCCUGGGAUCCACCAUCAACUGGGGUGGGGCGGAAAAGCCCUUACCCGUGGACAUGGUCCUCAUCUCCCUUUGCUUUGGUCUCAGCAUUGCGACUAUGGUGCAGUGCUUCGGCCACAUCAGCGGCGGCCACAUCAACCCUGCUGUGACGGUGGCCAUGGUGUGCACCAGGAAGAUCAGCAUCGCCAAGUCUGUAUUCUACAUCGCAGCCCAGUGCCUGGGCGCCAUCAUCGGAGCCGGGAUUCUGUACCUCGUCACACCUCCCAGUGUGGUGGGGGGCUUGGGUGUCACCAUGGUUCACGGAAAUCUCACUGCUGGUCAUGGUCUCCUGGUGGAGUUGAUAAUUACAUUUCAGUUGGUGUUUACUAUUUUUGCCAGCUGCGAUUCUAAACGGACUGAUGUCACUGGUUCAAUAGCUUUAGCAAUCGGAUUUUCUGUUGCAAUUGGACAUUUAUUUGCAAUCAAUUACACUGGUGCCAGCAUGAACCCUGCCAGAUCCUUCGGACCUGCAGUAAUCAUGGGAAACUGGGAAAACCAUUGGAUAUAUUGGGUUGGACCAAUAAUAGGAGCUGUUCUUGCUGGUGGCCUUUAUGAGUAUGUCUUCUGUCCAGAUGUUGAACUCAAACGUCGUUUUAAAGAAGCUUUCAGCAAAGCUGCUCAGCAAACAAAAGGGAGCUACAUGGAGGUGGAGGACAACAGGAGUCAGGUAGAGACUGAGGACUUGAUUCUAAAACCUGGAGUGGUGCAUGUGAUUGACAUUGACCGAGGUGAGGAGAAGAAGGGGAAAGACCCUUCGGGAGAAGUGUUGUCAUCGGUAUGACUAGAAGAAAGCACUGAAAGCAGACAAGAACCCUUAGAACUGUCCUCAGAUUUCCUUCCACCCAUUAAGGAAACAGAUUUGUUGUGAAUUAGACACAUGCAGGUUUGUUGUUUCAUGCCAUUUUACUCAGUCUAGAUAAUAAGUAUUUCCUUAUUUACGAAGGAGGAAUGGAAGAAACCUAUUGUGAAUCCCAAAUCUAAAAAUGAAAUCUUUUAAAAGUAUCUCCAAAGCACAUAUGUACCUAGUGUUUUAGUUGCCACUCAUUAAUAAUGAAUUUAAAAUGUGUAUUAGGAUUUGUUUAAGACUUGCCUAACAGAAAAUAGAGACAAACAUAUCAGCUUAUUCCUCCUCUACCAGGAAAUUGGUAUUGUCAACCCUCACUUGAGUAUUUAUUCCAUUAAAUCAAGUUUAUCAAUGGCAAAGUACAGUAUGUCACAGAGUGGUGCACAUUCAAGAAAGGAAAUACAACAAGGUUUUUUAUGGGCAGUCCCUUAUUUAUAAACUACCUCGGCAUAAGAAUAUAUUAACAAGGGUUAUUGCUAAUAAAUGACUUCCACUUAUAUUUCAAAUACCAAACUUUAAACCCAAACUCCAAUUCAUAAUAUUCCUUCCUCCUCUUCAACACCCAAGACAAUGUGAAACUAAAGUCCAGAAAUUGGAAGAAUGUUAAGAAACCCUGUAUAUUCAUUAGUUCCACCUAAGAAAGAAUCCAAAUCAUAAGAGACACCCAUUGAGAUUCAAGACAAACAGAUUCAUAAGAUCUUACGGGGUGGGAAGAAAACUCCCACCAUACAAAAGUCAUAAGGACAGAGGAAAUCUGACGUCUGCUCUCAAGUCGUUGCUCUGUUUUCAGUGCCCGUCCUCAGAUCCACCACAGGAGGUAAAUGAUCUGAACUUUUAACCACUUAACCACUUUGCUUAUUUUUUAAAAUUUAUUGACAAAACUGGGGUUUUUGUUUGUUUGUAACUUUGGUUAUCUCUAUUAAAACAUUAGUUGAGAUAUAUUUUUGAUAACAAGAACAUAACUAGGUGAGUCUGGACUUUUUGUUGAUCGUUAAGUUCUGUCCACUCUAGAAAGCAUGAACUGGUCCUGCCCAGCCCCAAUCUGAGGCUCUCUCACGUCUCAUGAAAUUAGUGGAUUAUCUUCACUGUGCAUGUAAUGAUAUUUUAAUGAAGUAAAAUGCACGAGAGACAAGGAGCAGCAUGGUUGUAAAAUAAAAGGACGAAGACAUGAAAACAUGCUGUAUUCAAAGCUGACUAGGUGACCAGCCUUCCAUUUGUAGGAAUAUUGUACAUAACCCAACACAUUUUAUAAGUAUUUGCGUUAAUGACUCAUUUACUUGUCCAAAUAGUAUGUUUUUCCUAUACUGCUUUGCCCUAUGUCAGUAGAAUGGUCUCUGGAAGCCCCAGUUUCUGUCAUUUUAACUGUGUAGUCUAGUCUUUACCUUAGAUAAAGAGCUGCAAAUGUCACUUUCAUUGAACAAAAGCUAGUAGUAAAGCAAAACCCUCUCACUGCAAACAAUGGCUUGUAAAUAGCUGAUCAUCAAGGCCUUUCUUCUCUCAUGCUCUCCUCUCUCACUCUCUGCUCUUUCUUCUUGCCACUUCUUAGUGUUAAUGGCAGUUGUGUGUCUAGAGCAGUAAGAUAAGGGACCACUAUUAAACCUGAUUCUCUUCAGUGCUAGAAAAGUGAUGUGUGAGAUGCCCAGAGAGUGAUCACACCAGUGUAGUGCCUGGGAAUGCCACUGGCAUUCUUUUACAGCAGGGGCCAAAAGAAAUCCCAGGCCCCUUUCUCAGGGGGGUGGCCAACCACUCCCCCCGCCAGUGAUGCACACCACUUCCUGUUUGGGAACGGGAAGCAUCUAUAGGAACUAGAUGCAAUUCUAAAGAUGGUUUAUGCCAGCUUUUUUAAAUGUUUGCAUGUACCACUAAAGACUUAAAAUCAAUGGUGAUUCUGCUCAAAGGAUCAUUUGUGAACAUAUUAGUUCAAAAAUCAGUUAAUGAGGAAAAGUUGAACAGAUCUUCCCAAUACACUUACAAUUUAUUGGCUCAUAAUCAUUCUUAUUCAGCCAUAUGUUUUACUUCUUAUAAAUCACUUUUCCACUCACUUCCAGUUACAGCAUUCAAUAAGUUAGUGCUAAAAAAAAACAUAAAUGAUGUGUUUGUACUUUGUCUUUCAGCAGCUAACAGAAUGCCUAGCACAUAGUAGGUAUUCAAAGCAAGUGUUAGUUAAUAAAAAUAUACACAUUUUAUUUGGGAUUUAAGAAUAUGAAUAAUUUUCUCUUAAUCUUUAUUUUGCUCAAUAUUUUAUAAAAGCAUGAUUUCAAGGACUACUAAGGGAAGGCAAUAUAAAUGUAAAACUGUAAAAUGUAUUUUUCCAUCCUACAAUUUUAGAAGCAUGAAAGCUUUAUCCCUUUUUUUUCCUGCAUGUGAGACAACAUAUUUUGUAUUUCACUCAAGGCUCUGCCAGUAAAAAGUAAUGAAAUUGUACCUUUCUAAUGACAUCCAUGCAGCAGGGGUCUAUUGCCUUGUGGAUGGCACCAAAUUAUCCAAGUGUAUUAGGAGACUAGGGCUUUUCCUUUAAUCCCUUCUUAUUAAUGAAGUGCCUCGUGCUGCUCCCAGGAGAGUGCCACUGACAGAUAUACAGAAAGGAGAUCAGAGAGAAAAAAACUGGAAGGACAUAAAUGAAUUAUACCCAGCCAGGAAACGAUGCCAAGUGCCUCUUCCCUAAGGAAAAGUACAAGCGCCCCCAAAUUGCAAGGUGGUCCCUACCCUGAAAAUGCUUAUAGUUUAUCAAAGAGUUCCAAGGAUAAGAGUCAUUUUUUAAGUUUUCAAGGACUUCUUAAUAAUUGGAGCCCAGAAUUUGAACGAAUGUUUUCAUUGUUAAGACAGCAUUUUCUUCAAAAAGUCCUAAAUUUUUACCCUGGAAGGAAGUAUUUUCUUGUUCCUAAGGAGUGGCCUAAAUUUAAGAUUUCUACACUUGGCUUCUGCCAUAUGAUGCUUUUCAUGAAUUCCUGUACUUUCUAUAGUCAAACCAUUUUCCUACUGCAGUGAUAGAUGCUAGCUAGAGCUGCCUCUCAGUCUUGAAGACUUUACAAGAUUGGAAAUAUUUGAAUAACGGUGAUGGAAUUAAGCUGUCAGGUUAAUUAUUAGAGGACUGAUUCCAAAUAGCACAAAAUAGUCUUCUUAGACCGUGAAAGCAGGUAACUCACUGGUUUAAACUCCCAAAUAAACAGGAAAAUACUGAAAGAGUAGCAAAUUCAAAUGCUGAAGUUAAAUCUGGUGAGGCCCUUUGUUGCAACAUGUUGGCAUCAUCCCCACUUGUGAACAUGUGACAAAGAAGUUGCCUUUGUGACAACCGAAGAUGACACUGGGAGCUCAACAGACCACCUUCUGAAACACUAUAAAGCCAAUAUAAUUCUCAUCAUAAAUGCUAUAGAAUUUGCAAAUUCAGAAUAUUUUAUACCUGAAAGUAAUAGCAAUUCUGUCCUUCAUGAUAUGUUCAUGGCAUCGAAAUUAUUAGGAAGGUGUGGUUACUACCUGAAAAGCAGGACAAAACUCACAUUCUUUGCCACAAGUGUUCUCUCUCUGCCUUGGCAUUGCAGUACCACACAGAUCGCCCCAGAACAGCAGGAACUCUUGAAGCCUGUAAUUUUUCUGAAAUAUGCAUACAUGGAAGAUAUUUAAUUCAGGGCUCAAACCUGUGGCUGCUCACUUUUGCAAAUAACGAUAGUUUAUAAAACAUUAUCAAAUAAAUGUUAUACAACAUAUGUGAUGAACAUUAAAUUCAAGAGCACUUAUAGUGUUACUCAUGCAUGUUAAAAUCCAAGAGCUAAAAAGUAUAUUUAAUUUAUAGAACCCAUUGGAAUACAUUUCUAGAUUCUCUUCAGGAUUAAUUAAAUAAAGAGGCAAUUUAUGAAAAUACAUAAACAACUAUUUAUCACUUUUAUGACCCAAAUCACAAUGAAAUUGUAAUUCAUGAUAAACUGGUGAGAAUAAGCUGAACAUAUGGUUAUAUUCACAAUAAUUUAUUAACUGAAAUGUUAUUCCAGUGUUAGAGCUAAUGUUAAGGAGAUUUAAACUGUAAUGUCUAAUAUUUGGAACAAUCUAUUAAAGUAUUAGCAUUGUGGUUGGUUUCCAUAAAUUAUGUUGUAUCUCAUAAUACUAAGCUUGUGCAAAUAAACUUUCUAAUGUUU